AUGUGGAGACAAAUAAUCAUGCAAAUUGAAUGUAGUCGAUAUGAUAAUACGUAUAUUUAUUUCAACGAUAUCAAUGGGCAAAACUUCAAAGAAAAACUCAAAUAUUCUACUACAUCUGAAAACACAACAUUGAGAGAAAUGUUGAUAAAACUCUUCGAAAAACAUAAUCUUUCCAUCGAUACAUAUUACAUUUGUUUACGGAGUGCUCCUACAUUACCAUUGUCCUUGGAUCAACCAGUUAAACAUCUUCUUUUAAAUGAUCUUGUUGUAACAGAAACAAUCAAUCCAGCUUUGGCAAAGACAUCAGCGGGAAAGGAACGAAAAGAAAAGCGGAAUUCAACGGGUUCAGCGGUAUUACCCUCCAAUUCUAAAGCAACAUCAAAACGUCUCUCAACGCAUUGUAUGAUGCUCGACAAUGACGAGAAUCAAGAUGCAAAAUCGUCCACUCGUAUCAAUAAAACCAAUCGAUCAAGUAUAUUCGCUGGAAGUAUAUUCACACGAGAUACAUCUGAGUUGUCAGAACGUAGCGAAAGUAAUCUCUCGUUUGUUCGUCGAAAAUGCGAGGAAUGGUUGACGCAUGGACUGCCGAAAUUAGCUCAACUUCAAUGUUCGAUUGAUGAAUGUGAUCUAGUUAUUGAAAAAGAAUGGCAACCGUUUUUGACCGAACAAGCACGAUCGUCAAUAUCCGAAAACAUCAAACUGCAACAAGAAGCGAUCUACGAAUUACUUACAACCGAAGUUUCUUACAUACGUCAGAUUCUUACCAUGACUGAUAUACUGAUGACUAGUGUUAGUAUAUUGAAAUCAUCGCAGCGUGAAGGAAUCUUCAAUGAUAUUGACAUGGAGAAGUUAUUUUCCAAUAUUCAAGAAGUUCUGCAUGGAAAUUUACUGUUUUGGAAAGAAAUUCUACUACCGAUUAAAGUCAAACUUAAACAGAGCGGUCUACCAAUGAAUCCAUCUGACUUGAAAAACGGAUUUGUCAAUUUUGAUGUCUAUUUCAAAUCGUAUCUACACUACGUCCUCGAUCAGAAAACAAGUGCCGAAUAUUUCAAACAGAAGCUUUCUCGUGAUGAAUUAUUUCAAUACUUGAUUUCGUGGAUCGAAGGCAAUUAUACGAAUCGUUUAUCAUUUUCGGAUUUGACAAUCAAACCUCUGCAACGCUUAACUCGGUAUAAAUUGUUACUUGAAGCGAUCCAAAAGAAAACAAACGAUACGCAACAAAGACACGAUCUACAUGAAAUGAUUCAAAAAGUGGCAACGUUUGUCAAUCGAGUGAAUUCGAAGCUACAUAAUCAAGAACAAGAAGAACGUAUUCGUCAGAUAAAUGAUCGUAUCGGCCCAUAUGAAUAUGUUUCAGCACCACCUGAACUCUCUUCGGUAUUUAUUCAAUUUGAUGUUUCGAUUCUUCAAGAAUAUAAUCGUGAUGCAUUAUCGAAUCGUUUGGAUCUUCAACAAGAUAUGCCAUUACAUGUUCGUGGGUACCGCCGUCAGAUUAUUCAACAAGGACCCAUGAAAAUGAAAGAUGCUAAGAAUAGUCAAGAUGUUUAUUGUUAUCUCUUUUCCGACAUGUUUCUUAUCACCAAAGGUGGCAAACGAAGUGGUUCAACAAAUUCACCGUUAACAUCUUCUCACAGCGAUGGACAAUCCAAUCGUCUAUCAUCAAAUAUAGUAAAUAAAAUUCUCAAACCACCGAUACGCAUUGACCGUAUCGAUGUCCGUGAAUAUGAUCGUCGUGGUGGCAAUAGUAAUAAUACAGAACCAAACACGGCAUCAUUUGUUGCAUUAGUCUUUUCGGAGUAUAAUCUUAUCGAAAGUGGUUAUUUAUUUCAAACGAAUUUGAGCAAGCAAUGGAUAGAGAAUAUUCGAACAACGAAAGCGAAUUUUCAGUCGUUAAUGGAAGAAUCUAAACUCAAGUUUCAAACUCUCCAUGCAACAACGAGUUCAUCUGUGUCAACUAAUACAGCUCCUGAAUGUCCAUCGACGCCUUCCUCACCAUCUAUUGAUAUACCUGUAUCGAAUACGGAAAGUCCAAAUCCCGGCACUGAUGAUGCUUCUCGACGUUCAUCGAAAGUUGAAUCGGACGUGUUCAAAAUAGUCGAACAAACACGACGAAAUUCCCGUACAGACCGAAAGAAUUUCGGUCGGUACUUCACAGCGGAUGGCACAAGUACACAUGACACAAAUUCAUCAGCCACUCCAACGAAACAAAUCUCCUCAUCAUCAAUCACGAUUCUCAAACGGAUGUCAUGGAAUAAUGAACAGUCAAGCGAAAAAAAUGAUUCAUCUUUGAUUACGAAUUCCUUCCGUAGUGUACAUAGUUCAAGUGGUGUUAGUUCCACGGGAUCAUUUUUAUUCAGUGCAGAUGAAGAUUCAUCAGUAACAACAACGACGUCAUCGUCCGUACCCUCAAUUGUUCCAUCGAUAAAAAAUGAAGAAUUAGAUGGGAAAAGCUCAAUAACAACUGUUAUAGCAAUAGACAGUCAACCUCGACAAAGCGUUUCCUAUCAAGGACGAGAUGAUUGUACAAAAAAUGAUUUAGAAGCAAAAAUCAAUCAACAAUUAAACACACAACUAUCAUCAUCAUCAAGCACGAGUACACUCACAUUGAACAAUCAAAUAAUAACAGAAACUCCAUCAUCUUUGACAGGUCAAACAUCUUCACCAUCACCGGAAUCUUCUCUUCGCCGUACUCCAUAUGCAAGUGUUAAAAAACGCACUCAACUUCAUCGACCUUCAUGUCAACAACAACAACAGCAGCAGCAAGGUCAUCGUCGUCAUCGAAUAUUUGAUGAGAAUGACAUUGGUUCUUCCGUUCAUCUCAACGUGUAUGAUUCACCAAGAUCUCUGGAUGAACAAAUAUCUCUGCGAACAAAACAUUCAUGUGAAGAUAGUCCAUCUUUGGUUGCUAGUGGUAAUGAGAGCGAUUAUGAUAAUAACCGAUCAACGACUGUUCGACUACCGGUGAAUACGUUUGUUUGUUCUAAUGAAUUAAUACGUACAGACGAUCUUCUGUUGGGCGAUCAAAAUGAAAUUACACUUCAUAAUGAUACUCAUAUUGAAAAUUCUAACAAUCAACAGUCAGAUAUUAUUAGAAUAUCAUCGCCAUCAUUGACAAAUCCUUCUGCGAAAACGAAUAUCCCAUCAUUAGAUGACAGUGCACCGUCACCCAAUCUUCUCGCCUACCGUAGAGAUUCUUUAACAUCACGACGAUUAAUUGAUAUUCGAAGUCAUCUGUUGUUAAAUACAACACUCGAUGCUACGGAAGUAUAG